GUCCCCUGCAUUGCUCCCUCCUCCUUAACUGAGCUUUAGGCCUUCUCGACAUCCCCUCUGUGGCUCUCUCAUUCCGUUUUCGCAGCCAUCGUUCCACCCUUCCUUAUUUCCCUCCCUCCAUUGCUUGCCGUAGCGGUGUCCACCAAGUUGCGGCAACUAUGAGGCCGCCAUUGACUAGAGGAGGCGGGGGCUUCAGAGGUGGUCGGGGCGAUGGCGGAGGUCGUGGUGGAGGCCGUGGCUUCGGAGGAGGCCGUGGGGGACGAGGUGGUGACAGAGGCGGACGAGGGAUGCGCGGAGGUGGCCGCGGUGCUCCUCGAGGAGGUCGUGGAGGAGGCCGUGGAGGAGGUCGUGGUGGUGGCAUGAAGGGAGGAGCCAAGGUUAUCAUCGAACCUCAUAGACACGCGGGUGUGUUCGUUGCAAAAGCCAAGGAGGAUGCGCUCGUGACGAAGAACCUCGUCCCCGGAGAGAGUGUUUAUGGAGAGAAGAGAAUAUCCGUCGACAAUGAGGAUGGAACCAAGACGGAGUACCGAGUGUGGAAUCCUUUCCGGUCGAAGCUCGCUGCGGCGAUAUUGGGUGGUGUGGACAACAUCUGGAUUAAGCCUGGAGCUCACGUGCUUUACCUUGGGGCUGCCUCUGGAACGACUGUGUCUCAUGUAUCUGAUGUUGUUGGGCCGUCCGGUAUUGUGUACGCCGUGGAAUUCUCUCACCGCAGUGGGCGUGAUCUUGUUAACAUGGCUAAGAAGCGUACUAAUGUUAUCCCCAUUAUCGAAGAUGCUAGGCAUCCGAUGAAGUACCGCAUGUUGGUCGGUAUGGUGGAUGUUAUUUUUGCUGAUGUAGCGCAGCCUGAUCAGGCCCGUAUCGUGGCAAUCAAUGCUCACAACUUUUUGAAGAAUGGUGGGCAUUUUGUUAUCUCAAUCAAGGCAAACUGUAUCGACUCAACGGUACCUGCUGAGGCUGUGUUUGCCGCGGAGGUGAAGAAAUUGCAAAAGGAACAAUUCAAGCCCGCUGAACAAGUCACACUCGAACCAUUCGAGCGUGAUCAUGCCUGUGUGGUUGGUACUUACCGUGCACCGAAGAAGGCCAAGCCUGCUGCCGGUUCAUAGUCGUUAGAUAGUACUGAUGCCGUCAGAGCUGACUUGUGCUCUGGAUGUGCACGUUGUUAUUGUUAUGAUAGUUGCGUUUAUGUUUUCUCAUCAUUAGGUUAGUAAAUGAAUGCUGCGCUGCAUAAUCAAAGCUCGAUAACUCGCAAGGAUCCUGGCCUACGAUGAGCUAGACCGUGCAGCAACUGAUGACCAGCUUUUAUCUAGAAAUCAGUAUCUUUUGACAGUAGGGUAGUGAGAGAUACAUGGGAUGUGGAUAUCUCCUGGAAUACCUAUGUUAGAUUUGAAGAAUACAAGGUUUACGAGGAAAAACUGCAUCAUCCAGAAGUUUUGUAGUUGAUUUGUACUCUGCAUUAAAGAAAUAUGCAAGUCAUUCCAUUUCAUGUACACUGCAGGAGCCUAUGUUAGUGAAUAACAAUGUUUUCCCUCACCCUCA